UCGUGUUUAUUUUCGUGGCCCCCCUAACCGAAGAGCACCUUGCCUUGUUAGAUUAUUUAUACAAUAUUCCGUUAGCCCAGCCGCAAUACAGUGGGGGAUUUCAUCAAACAGACGAAGUCUGCUAGCAUGCCGUUGUGUAUCAGUGGAAGUAGCCAGAGUUGGUGUUGAAAGGCGCAGACCCUGAGCAGCCACUCGAUCGAUAAGUUAACGUGAACGUGUCCUGGCCACCCCAGUGAAUUAAGCCAGCGCUGCUGAACGGUCGUCCGCUAAGGGGGGUCAACAUUUUGCAGCCUCGUUGGGAAAUUGCCGGUGCUAAACCUGGACUGUAUCAUUUUUGAUUUAGUUUCAUCUUGACGUGCAUCCUCUGGUAAAGGAGCUGGGGAUCUAACUGUAAAUCCUCCUAGGAUUGAAACUUGAGGAGCAGGAUGUCGAUUACAAACACUCCCACAAGUAAUGAUGCCUGCCUGAGCAUUGUGCAUAGCCUGAUGUGCCACAGACAAGGAGGAGAGAGUGAAAGCUUUGCCAAGCGAGCCAUUGAGAGUCUUGUCAAGAAACUGAAGGAGAAGAAAGACGAGUUGGAUUCUCUUAUAACAGCCAUCACCACAAAUGGAGCUCAUCCUAGCAAGUGUGUGACCAUACAGCGCACCCUAGAUGGGCGCCUGCAGGUUGCUGGGCGCAAAGGCUUCCCUCAUGUAGUGUAUGCCCGUCUGUGGCGAUGGCCGGAUCUACACAAGAAUGAGUUAAAGCAUGUGAAAUACUGCCAGUAUGCCUUUGACCUGAAAUGUGACAACGUUUGUGUCAACCCAUACCACUACGAGAGAGUUGUUUCACCAGGCAUUGACCUGUCGGGACUGACCCUUUCAAGUUCAGGUCCACUAUUGGUUAAGGAUGAAUAUGACUUCGAUAACCAACAUUCUCACUCCAGCUCUGAAAGCCACCUUCAGACUAUCCAGCAUCCCCCGUCAAGGCCAGGUCCUCCAGAGAGUUUUAGCAGCCCAGCUCUGCUUCCACCGUCUGAAGGCAGUAGUUCAGCCUCAACAUCUGCUUUCUCCAGCAUCACUGCUGGACCCUCAAAUUCAACCCCCAGUUGGACCCGAAACGGCAGCUUCCCUCCCACUGUGCCUCAACACCAAAAUGGGCAUCUACAGCACCACCCACCCAUGCCUCAUACAGGGCAUUAUUGGCCUGUUGCCAAUGAGAUUGCAUUCCAACCCCCUAUAUCCAAUCACCCAGCGCCAGAAUACUGGUGCUCCAUUGCUUACUUUGAGAUGGAUGUCCAAGUAGGGGAGACAUUCAAGGUGCCCUCUACCUGCCCCAUUGUGACUGUGGAUGGAUAUGUGGACCCCUCGGGAGGAGAUCGUUUCUGCUUGGGUCAGCUGAGCAAUGUCCACAGAACAGAGAACAUUGAGAGAGCCAGGCUUCACAUCGGAAAAGGUGUGCAGCUGGAGUGCAAAGGCGAGGGAGACGUCUGGGUGCGCUGUUUAAGUGAUCAUGCAGUGUUUGUGCAGAGCUAUUACCUGGAUCGAGAGGCUGGGCGUGCCCCUGGAGAUGCAGUUCACAAGAUCUAUCCCAGUGCCUAUAUCAAGGUGUUUGAUUUGCGUCAGUGCCACAGGCAGAUGCAGCAGCAGGCGGCAACAGCCCAGGCAGCAGCUGCAGCCCAGGCAGCAGCUGUGGCUGGGAACAUUCCAGGACCUGGCUCUGUGGGAGGCAUUGCCCCUGCCAUCAGUUUGUCUGCGGCUGCAGGCAUUGGUGUUGAUGACCUACGCAGGCUGUGUAUCUUGAGGAUGAGUUUUGUGAAAGGCUGGGGGCCUGACUACCCACGGCAGAGCAUCAAAGAAACACCAUGUUGGAUUGAGAUCCAUCUACACAGAGCUCUACAACUGCUUGAUGAAGUUCUGCACACCAUGCCCAUAGCUGACCCUCAACCUCUUGAUUGAGUCACAGGGGAUAAACUUUAAACAUCAGACUCUGUCUUUUAACUGACCACUCCACUGGCCAGACUGGAGUGCCUGAGGAGCAGUGCAACCAUGCUUAGCUGAAUAGAAUAUAGGAAUGGAAAAAUUGAUAUUAAUCCCCAGUCAUUGGUUCGCUGGUGCUGAUAAGGUCCCAAGGAAGUGUUUCUUUUUUUUGUGUGGCUGAGGUCAGAAAAUCUGUGUAAAAUUGUUACCCAUUAUUCAUGUGUAAGAGUUCUGUAGCUACUUUGAAUUACCAUUAAAUAAUUCUCAAGGCUGGUGGUCCUUGUUUGACAUUUGAUUUAUAUUCUUUUUGAAUAGCUUCACAAGUUUUCACAAAUGAUGGACAUUAACAAAAGCCUAAUUUGAACUCUUUUCAGCUUUUCUCCCAUCAGCAGGACAGUUCCGUCCAUUUUAUAAGGGCUCAAAGCUCUCAUGCUAUACUGAUGUGAUGGCUUUUCAAAACCCAACUUUGAUACGGAUUUGGAUUACCAAUGGUUUUCAAGUGAAAAUAUUAUCACAUCUGCUGAAUACUGAUAUAGACUAGUAGUAAUUUUCCUGACACGUGUAUUAGAUGCCCAUGUAGUGUCCAUUAGCACUUUAUUUUUUUAAAACGUUUUGAUUAUAUUGUCUUGUCCAAGUCUCGUGACUGUCUCUUGUAUCCAUAUAAUCUCUUAUAGCUGGUGAAAUGUUUUUUUGAUUGUGACCUUGGUGAGAUGCUAAGGAGAUGUGUUUAUUACCUAUCACAUAUUUUAAACUUUGUUCAUGAGGAUUUUGAUGGUACACUGGUCAGGUAUUAAAUAAACAAAAUAAAAAGCAUGCAUAGAACUGUGAGGAAAUGUAAGCCAUAAUGAUGCCAAAAGGACCCUUUGAUGACCGAAGACAAGUUAUCAGAUAAAGGUCAUAUCAGUGUUCUGUGUCGCCUGGAAACAUUUUUUAAUCAACUGAAUGUCAGUUUGUGCUUGACACAAUACUUAAAAUUUGGGUCACAAUUCUUGUCUCCGCUGUCAGUUUACCUACAGUUGCAGUAAUUUUAUACUCUUUGGUACCUUUUUCUGUGAUGAAACAAUUUGGUUAUAUUUUGAAAUUUAAUAAUAUGCUGUGUUAUCUUUCAGGAAAUGCAAGUGCUUGGUCUCUUAAUCAUCUUUAUUCUACAAUGUAUGUUAUACAUUCUGAAUACAUAGUUUGGAUUAUGUUCAUCAUAUAUAUGAAUAAGGUUGAAUAAAAUGAAUGGGCUAACAGCUGUUCUGGACUCAGUGUUUGAUCGUGUUGUUUUCCUAUUCAUUUUAUUUGACAUCAGUGCAGGGUCACAAUCAUGAGGCAUUUACUUUGAACAAGAAAAGUUUAUUACCGGAAAGACAAGCCACAAUUUUUAAGAAAACGUCACUAAUAAGCUAGCCUGAGCUGAAGUCUGAAAUAUUCAGAAAACCAAACUACAUGUGUCUUCAAUAGUUUCUAUAUUCAUCAAUACGACACACUAAAUGAUAAUGUCUUUAUAAAUAUAAAAGUCCCCCAGUUGUCCUCAUUUUUAUGCAAAAUACACAAUACAAAUUACCCUACACGCAGUGGUUUGCUCUUGCCUAUUUGAAAACAUACAGGAUACUAAGAAAGAACUUUUAACGGCACACAAAAAGGUCACAUGGAAUUUUUGUAUAUAUUAGAUACUAUACAUUAUCCAUAAAGAGAACACACAAAAUCACGUUUGCCAACAUAUCUGAUGAAAUUAAAGGUCACAAAAAAAAACCCAAAUAGGUAAGACACAAAUAAAUAUACAUUUUCCCCCCCAAUUUUAUUUAUGUACAUUUUUUUUAAAAUCUAGUUUGACUUAAACUAAGGACCUUCCCCAAAUGCCACAGCCAAAUGCAUGCGCUUGCAUUAGAGCAUGGCACAGAUGGGCACGACUCAUUAGACUUGUCAAAUGGCACUUGAAACAUCCCAACAAAUGUCCAGCUGAAUACAGCGUCCAGAUAAUAUCAUUUGACAAAGGAAAUCACGAUAAUGAUCACGAAUGAAUCUAGUUUUAGAGAGCAUUUUACACAACUCCUUGUUCAUCAAGUGACAAUAGUACACAGUUAAUGCUCGUUCCGUCUGCAGGUCCUCCACCAGGAGUAAAGUACCGCGCGUGUUGUCACACUGAUCAAAGAACCAUGGGAGUUCAGGCUGAGGAGCGAUCACAUGCUUCCUCAACCCUGGUAUCUUCUUAGUAGCAACACCUCGGCAGUGAAAUGUCUGCUCAAAGAAGGAAAAAAGCCUCCAUCUUUAGCCCACCAGAGACCAACAGUCACCCAGGCUGUCUGCUCUGGCUAGGGGCAAAUCCAAGGCACUGGAGUCUGCUAUGGGUCAGUGAAGCUGCCAUGUUCUCCAGAUGGAGAGGCAUUUGUUAGCCUUUUCUCCUAUAAGAAGUUGUCAAGGAAUAGCUUAUGAUUUUAAGUUUUCUGGUUGA